AUUCAAGGUCUGGCAACAGCGCGCGACGGAACGCUGAUGCGAUGCUCCUGAUGCCGCAGUGACGCCCGUGUGACGGAUGUGUUUGCGGCAGCUAUGGUUUUGCUGGUUUUUGUUUCGCGGCGCCGUGUUUACCCUGGUUUGUGAACAGUGCACCUCCAGCUUUCAGACUGGCCUCACGUCGGACGUGACAUUCGAGUGUUCUGCCACCAUCCCGGGAAAGCAAGCAACAUGGGCCCCCCUGUUAGCCAGUGCAAGGUGGUGCACCGCAUCUGAGGCCAAUGAUUUUGCUUCACUGCAAACAUUCCAAAAGGAUGUGAGGGCGGCACGGGGGAGCAGCGGUGUUGGCCAUGCAGCCGGGGCCUGGUGAAUGUUCCCGGUGAGCGGGAGGCAUGCUCCUGGAAAGCCUGGGCGCCAUCCACCCGUGGUGCAAUGCCAGCCAGCUCACCAUCCGGCGAUGCAUGCUCCUCGCCCUUGCCCUGGGCCUCUUCUCCUUCGCACUGUCUGUCUACUUCAUCAACUAUAACUCCAUCCGCGGGUUCAGCCUGCUGCGGGUGCCUCCCCAGCCAACGUUCCAGUGCCGGUCCCAGCUGGACGGGGAGCCCACGGAGCAAAGCGCGGCCAACGUGCACGCCUCGAGCGCCCAAGCACGGCUGGACCCUCGGGUGCUCGUCUUCGUGGAGACCCAGUUCUCCAAGCUGGGAAAGCAGAUCUGCGAGAUCCUGGAGGGCAGCCGCUUUCGGUUCAAGGUGGAGACGACGGGCAAGACGCUGCCGGUGCUGACGAACCAGGAGAAGGGCAAGUUUGCGGUGAUUGUGUUCGAGAACUUUGAGAAGUACCUGGCCAUGCACAAGUGGAACCGGGAGCUCCUGGACAAGUACUGCCGCGAGUACAACGUGGGCAUUGUGGGCUUCAUCCGCCCGCGCGAGGACACCUAUACGGGGGCGCAGCUCGCCGGGCUGCCACUUUACAUGCACACCAACAUGGCCCUGAAGGACUACCAGGUGAACCCAAUGUCCUCGGUGCUGCGCAUCACCCGGGCGGGGGAGGUGUUUUCGGGCAAUCUGCCGGGCGAGGACUGGGCCCUGUUCCAGCCCAACCACUCCACCUUCGUGCCCCUGGCCCAGGCCAGGUCCCAGCACGACGACACCGCCUACGGCAACGGCCCACACAUCACCGUCGUGCAGGACAUUGGCAAGUUUGAUGGCAUCCAGAGGAUCAUCUUUGGGAAUGGCUUCAACUUCUGGCUGCACAAACUGCUUUUUCUGGACUCCAUCUCGUUCCUGUCGCACGGCAAGCUGAGCCUACCACUGCAGCGCUACCUCCUCAUCGACAUCGACGACAUCUUUGUCGCCGAGCGUGGGAAUCGCAUGACAACCAGUGAUGUCCAGGCACUGCUGGAAGCACAGCAGCGGUUCCGCAAGCUCAUACACGGGUUUCGCUUCAACUUGGGCUUUUCCGGGAAAUUUUAUCACCGUGGCUCUCGUGAGGAGAACAGGGGAGAUGACAUGCUGCUUGCCCAUGCCCACGAGUUUUGGUGGUUCUGCCACAUGUGGAGCCACAGCCAGCCGCACCUGUACGAGAAUGUGACCCUCCUGGAGACGGAGAUGAGGCUCAACAGGGAGUUUGCAAAAAAGCACCGGAUCCAGACGGACUCCGGGUACUCCGUGGCGCCCCACCACUCUGGCGUGUACCCGAUCCACGAGCCCCUGUACGACGCCUGGAAGAAGGUGUGGAACAUCCGGGUGACCAGCACCGAGGAGUACCCGCACCUGCGCCCGGCCAGGCUGCGCAGGGGCUUCGUGCACCGCAACGUCAUGGUCCUUCCACGGCAGACGUGCGGCCUCUACACUCACACCAUAUUUUUGGAGAGGUACCCGGGGGGCAGAGAGAAGCUGGACAGGAGCAUUCACGGGGGAGACCUCUUCCACCUGUUCGUCUACAACCCGAUCAACAUCUUCAUGACGCACCUGUCCAACUACGGCAAUGACCGUCUCUCGCUGUACACCUUUGAGACGGUGCUCAAGUUUGUCAAGUGCUGGACGAACCUCAAGCUGAGCACCAUCCCGCCCCUCCAGCUGGCCGAGAAGUACUUCCAGAUGUACCCGGACGAGACAGACCCCAUCUGGAUGAACCCGUGCGAAGACAAGCGUCACCUAUCAAUCUGGUCAUCUAGCAAGUCAUGCGAACAGCUGCCAAAAUUUCUAGUCAUUGGGCCCCAAAAGACAGGCACAACAGCACUGUACACGUUUCUCACCCUUCAUCCCACUAUUGCAAGCAACCACCCCAGCCCUGACACUUUCGAAGAAGUGCAGUUCUUCAAUGGCAAGAACUACUACCGGGGCCUCGACUGGUACCAGAGCUUCUUCCCGGUGCCCAAGAACGGCACGUCCCCGUUGCUGUUUGAGAAGAGCGCCAACUACUUUGACGGGGAGUCGGUACCCCAGCGGGCCCAUGCCCUGCUCCCCCGUGCCAAACUGGUCACCAUCCUCAUCAGCCCCACCAAGCGUGCCUACUCCUGGUACCAGCACCAACGGUCGCACGGGGAUAUGAUCGCCCUCAACUUCACCUUCUACGACGUGAUCACUGCCAACGACCACUCCCCCAGGCAGCUGCGGGAGCUUCGCAACCGCUGCCUCAACCCGGGCCUGUAUGCGCAGCACCUGGAACGCUGGCUCACCUACUACCCGCCCCAACAGCUGAUGAUAAUCGACGGGGAGGAACUGAAGUCGGACCCUGUGAGCGUCAUGAACAAGCUCCAGACAUUCCUUGGCAUCACACCCUUCUUUGAUUACACUGCAUCUCUCAGGUUCGACCCGCACAAGGGCUUCUUCUGCAAGGUGGUGUCCCAGAGCAACCGCACCAAGUGCUUGGGCCAAGGCAAAGGCCGCCUGUACUCGCCCAUGGACGUCCGUGCUGAGAAGUUCCUCAAGGCCUACUACCUGUCGCACAAUGUGGCCCUCUCCAAGCUCCUCAACAACCUCAGGCACCCGCAGCCGCACUGGCUUAAGGAAGACCUCUCCCGGGGAUGAACCACGGCCACACCGGUGUCUUCCUCUCCUGCCGCAUGCCCAGGGUUCGGGCCAUUGAGUCCGGAACGCGUCUCCGACCGGUGUGUUUACCGCAUCAUCAAAAGCGGUCCCUCGAUUUCCGCCCGACAACUUCGCAGAAGCGUCCCGCCGUCGCCUUUUUCGAUCGCGGAGGUGGUGCGGCGACGAACGUGGGUGCGGCGGACGCCCAUUCCACCACAAGUCGCCCUCCGGUUUGACGGGCCGCAGAAGCUUUAGCAGUCACGAGGUGGGGCAACACACAACGGCGACCAUGGCGUUAGCUCACGCUUUUUCCUGGAAUUCUACGAACGACUGCAAGGAUCGCGACAUCCGCCAGCACGACAUGGCAACCUUGUGUGGUUUAGGACACUAAACGCACCAGUUGAAGACGAAUUCCGGGCACCUUUCGUGUGAACAAAAAAGCCGCCGUUCUUUCUUCUCUUGAAGAGAGGCUCCGAGGCUCUGGAGCCUUCUCCUUCAUUGCCGAAUUCCGGCUUCGGCGACCGCACUUCCGACAAAGAGAGACGCCAAACGUCCGGCGAGGAAGCGCGCGGUGAUCUCCUCGACGACCGCCGGCCGGUGUUGCCAGGUGGAACUCUUGGGAGCCGACGGCCACACCUCUUUUGCUCGGGUGACGUAGGAUCGCCUCCUCGUUGUGAUGCGAAGCAAAGUGUUGUCUGUUCCGUCUCUGUCACUGCUUGCCCAACUUGGCUCCUGUAACGUUUGUUUUGCAGCUGCGCGCCAACGGACAACUGAAGGUUCUUGGGUCGUAAUGGUUCGGCGGUGCACUGUAGGUUUCGGUCCUUCAGCGUUGGGAAAGGUUUCGUUCGCACAUUUGGCAUUAGUAGUGUCGACAAAGGGCGUGAAGCAUUCACAGUUGUUUCGAGCGUUGCCAAUAAGUCGUGUAACAAUAUGCUGUCGGCGUCGGGACUAACCGGGGUGGGUAGUUUCGACCUCGGUUUUUGAACAAGCUCGAGAGUAUGAAGCUUCUCACUGGAGAAUGGUGUCGUAUGAGCUCUCAAAAAUUUCUCGUGCUUUGGAGUCUAGCGGGGCUUGUUUUGUGUCGGUUUAUAUCUCGGCAGGACAUAGAAGAUAUGUGUCGUGCGUUGUGUUUCAACCUAAUUAUGUUUGGCAAAACAAAUCUGAUGCCCAUUAUCUAUCAAGAAGGUUUUUCUCCCGUGUGCUAGAAGUGGUGCUAAUGGGGGAUAAAUGAAACUCUGCAAAGUUGUGCCAUAUUUUUAGGGUAUUCAUUAGUACAUCUGCUGCUUGACAUGGAUUAAAGAGUUUGCAGUCAUCUUACUAAAUGAGCAUCUGGCACUGGACACCUUUGGUAUGUAGAUAUCGGUGUUCAGGAAAGAAGACUGCUGAACUUAAAAGCCUGAAAUUUCUAACAUAUAUAUAUCGUGGAAUCUAAAAUGUAUGCAAAAAAGGGUAAUCAUAGUUGAGCACAAUGCCUGGAAGUGAAUUUCCUAGGGUGCCAUCUGGAGGGGACUGGAACUACUCUGAAGUGUGAAAACACACUUCAACAUUAUUUUCCUUGUCUUCCCUUACCUUGCCCCUCAUUUUACUCGAAUUAGGAAUCUGUCUAAAAUUGCUCAUAAAGCAGUCGCACUGUUGCAGACGAAUUUGAUUUAGUCUGAACUUAGCAGUGCUGUCUCUUUAUAAAUACAAAAUUUUAGGCAAAAAAAAAAUAAAAAAUUUUCAAUUGCAUGUGUUAUGAUAGCUAGGGCAUGAUAGCCUACACAAAUUUAAGAUUGUUUGGAUUUCCAUUUUUUCUCGAAUAAUGCUUAAGGAAUUAACGAUGGUGCUCUAUGUUUUGUUUGUGCUGAUAUAUUGUAUUUGCACGAAUAUAUCGCGAAAUGCAAAUUUUUAAGCUCCUAAAAAAAGAAAAAUUAUUACCAUUAGAACGUGAUUGUAAGGUUAUAGCACUCAAGGGCAUAGCAGAAAGUGGGGAUGAGAAUCGGGGGAAAAUGUGGCCUUGCCUUGACUGCACUCAUUGUCACUGCUCAGCUCCUUCUCCUAUAGCCACUUUGCCACUUCGAAAUAUGCUUGUACCAUAGUCUCUUUUUCUUUUGGGUGAGCUCUUUGUCCACAAAGCAUUCCUCUUGAACCAGCGUGUCAAGUCGGUUGCAGGGGGCAGAAGCACCAACGCACAAACACCAGCUCACCCCCGAGCAGAAACUAAGAGAUGCACAGCCAGAGCAAAGACUGCUGGAAGCGAUACACGAUUCUUCUUGCCCUUCCUACUCUUCCUCUGCAUAAACGCACACCUUGUGCUUUAUGAUUACGUAAACUUGGCCAACCAUCUUGGCUUGGCUUAUGUCUUGACUUGGCCUGGCUUGGCUUGAACCCGGUGUCCCACAUUCCCGAGCAGUCGGAGGGAUGGCUUUAGCUCAACUCAAGCGCCUCGUGGCCGAGCUUGAUAUCAGAUAUAACUCGAGAUGUGUUUUGGAGCAUGUAAUUUCAAAGAAAAACUUUGUUAUAUUUGUGCAAGUACAUACUUCAUCACACUUAUUCUGUUAAGGGAAGUCUGAAAAGUUGAAGUCUGCCUCUGGUUUUUUUACUUUCUUUUACAACAAACAUGUUCUUUACCAUUUUUAGGCUCUUAAUUAAAUAGCAGCUGGUAGACUUCUGUCCUAGGGAAUUUACCAAACAAGAUAUGUACACUGCACGACACCAUUAGCGCGAACACGUCUUUGGCAUUUUUUUUUGCAUUUUACCUCGAAAGGAUGCUGGCAAGCAUCAAAUUUUACCACUUAGGUUAGUAUCACAACUACACUUUCCACCACUUUAAUUUUGAUGACAGUCCUUCUAACUGAAAGAAAAACAGAAAAAACCCGCGAUGGCUUGUUUGUUUGUGCUAAUAGUGCCGCAGAGUGUACUGUGAUUUCAAUCAUCUCUACUCUUCUGUAAGCAAUUGGGUUGGAUAGCAACACUCCACUGCUAUUUGUAAGGUAAUGUUUAAGGUGUUUACGUAAUGAUUGAGCCCAGAUAUUAAGGCUAUCGUGCAAAUAUACUACCGUUUUUAUAAAAGAAAUCAAAUACUUGUCGCACAUUUUGCUUUGCACACUGUUUUUGUGUACAUUGCAGAUAGAAAUCUAAUCUCCUUUAACAACACUAAUAGGAUAGGAAAGGGUUUAUUGGCAGCAAAAAAGGGAGAUCUUUUAGGUUGCCAUUAUGGUUUCAGCUUAGGGAAUCGAUUGUACUCCGGGCAGUUUAAGCUACCUUUAUUGUUAAACAGUCUAAAUGGUGUACUUACUGUUACCCCUUACUGUUAGAUACUAUAAUAUUGUGUGUAACUAUUUUGUUAGGUGCAACUUUUGCAGACUGGGCAAAUGCCAAGAUCUCAGUGUCUUGCAGGCACUAAAUUUUGUGAGAGAAACGGACUGUGGGUGGUGAGAAACGUCUCUGACGUGUUAUAAUUAGCAAGUCUAAGUUUGCAUAUGUUGUCGUUGAUGAAAUUUCAAAAUAUGCAUCCACUUCAAGAAAUUUAAAAGGGAAGGGCUAAGAGGCUAGUGGUGUUUGAACCAUAGAUUACCGGGGGCACUGCCCAAGUCUUUGCAACACAAUGGUCAAAAACGGCUUCGCUAAUUAUCGUUAGUUAGCCUCAUGAUUUCAUGUGCGGUGCUCCCACUUCAGGUGACAACCCCCGUGGAAAUGUCGAACAUGUUCUGGGUACUCUACCAGUUGUCGCCGUUUUGCCAAACGGACGAACGACCCUUGGCGUUGACCGAAGACGCCCUAACGGACCUUUGCGCAAAAAGCGCUUUUCUGCAAAGUUGUGGAGGUCCUUGCCACAAAAGUGUUGUGCUACGUAGAAGGUGCGCCUUGCUUAUGGCAUUGCAGAUGGAGAAGCGAGGGACAAGAGCUUCUUGUAUAUGUAAAAGUGCUGUGUCUUUGAGCCUGUAUCCACAAGGAAACCACUAGUCUUUCAGGGUGACAUUUGCGACAGAAGUGCCAUACGUUGAACUGCCAGAUGAGCUCUUUCAUGUGCCUCGUGCCCCCGAGCGCUUGCCUGCGUAGCUUUGGCCAGGAGACAGCGUCCUCAUGCCGUCGCCAACGGAAUCCCAAAGAGGCUUUUGUCUCACUUUUUAGCACCAGCGGGAUUGUGCGUGGUGCGAGCAAAUUACGGUUCUAUUCCUCCUUUAUUUUUUCAUCCUGGUGCAUAUUUGUUUGUUAAAACAGGUUGUAUUUAAUUAGUGCCCCUUCACGUUCUGGUUUGUUUGGGUUUAGUGUUGAUUUGUCUGCUGAUAACCAAUUCAAGGGGGUGUGUUUAUGUCCAAACUUGCAUAUGUGAAGCCUAUCUUGACUCAGGGUAUGUAUAUUUCGCCACAUGUUGUUUGAUUUUCGUUCUGCAUAGUUUCUCGUUAAUGCGAAUUGUAGCAGGAUCUCUAUUUACCAUCAUUUAACUCGAUCGAAAAGUGCCCCCAAAGCGUUUGGUUUCGGGUGCUUCUAACGAACCUCGGUCCGUAUUGAACAUAACCCGCUGUCCACUUGCAUUCUAAAAUCUCCUUUCAUAGUUCCACCUAACGUCAGUUAAACAUUAAAAGGCGUUAUUAACCCGAACGCUUGGCAAACAAAACACUUUUUGGCCCGCUGGGUAUAGGCCAUUUCUUUUCGCGGUUUCUUUGGCUUUUGUGUCCGCAAAGCUGCACUUGCGUCGACAUCUGCCCACCGGAAAUAGCGAUUGCAGCUGUUUAAGAGUCCUGCCUGCACAAAUGCCACCCGUCGGAGUCUCUACUUGCAGUAUUUUUCUGGGAUAUAUUUGUUCUUACAAUAUUUAUACACUUACUGUCAUCGCUGAGUGUUUGAGAGUGUGUGUGGCAUGUUUAGGCAGUCGUACGAGAAAAGCACUCCUAACAGCAGCUUUGCUAGGCGGCGCUCCAAGCGCGCCGUGCACAACACGUUUCCUGUGGCCGUCCCAGUGAUGAAGCGUAGCGGGGCCGCUUCUAAUUUAUUUCAUCACAUGCAUGAGUUUGGUCCCUUGUGUGAGUUUGUUGCCAAAAUGUGUCUUUGUGUAAGCCCCGAAAUGCAGCAUCUUAUUUCCUGCCUGUCGUUCGAGUAUAGGAGCUGUUCACACGUCAUCAGUUUGCCAUUACUCUAGGUAGUAUGCUCGUUGUCUACUCAGAAUGACAAAUUUGAUGGUGUGAAAGGAAUAGGUCGACAACAUUCUGUCGGGUUAUGUACGAGUGCCUCAGGCACGUUGCUCCUUUGUGUGUUGGUUUGUUUGUUUCGGGGUAAAUCAAAAGAUUGUCACAUAGCUGGUCAGUUUUCAAGUUCAAAAUAGGUUUCAGGUCGAGUAACGAUUUUUGACCACGACCACAGGGGUUUGCGAAAAGUUCAAUAGCCCCAGUGCAGGAACAUUUUUUUUUUCUGGCAGUGGCUAGUGUUUGGGCUGCAGUUCUCCUGCGUGUUUUAAAUAUGUACAGAGGUUAUUGUUAUAGAGAACAUCAUAAAUAUAUCCUGUUUUGCAUUGUGUAAAAACCGUCUCAGAACUUUGAUUUCCAAUAUUUUUCCGCUUUCUGUGAAAGCUUCAUACACUAGUGUAGACUGUUAGAGGUGGAAAAUGUCCUCGUCUGUAUUGUACAACAUGAAUCGGAAAUAUUACAUAUUUAAGGCAUUC